AUGGUUGAGCCCUUCUUGGGAACUUGGGAGCUGGUCUCCAGUGAAAACUUUGAGGAUUACAUGAAAGAACUGGGAGUGAGCUUUGCAACCCGGAACAUAGCUGGAUUAGCGAAGCCAAGUGUCAGUAUUAGUGUUGACGGGGAUGUGGUGAGCAUUGGAACAGAAAGUUCUUUCAAGAAUACUUUGAUCACCUUUAAGCUGGGGGAGGAGUUUGAGGAGACCACAGCAGACAACCGGAAAGUGAAGAGCAUCAUAACAUUAGACAGUGGCUCAAUGAUUCAGGUUCAAAAGUGGCUCGGCAAAGAGACAACAAUCAAAAGACGAAUUGUAGAUGGGAAAAUGAUAGUGGAAUGUACCAUGAAUAAUGUUGUCAGUACUAGAGUCUACCAAAAGGUGUGA